AAAGCAACCAAAUAUGUUCAGACUAGGACUUGUUUCACUGUUUGUAGCUGAUCCAGAAAGAAAAAGUGUUGACGAUGGAAAAUGUGACAACAUCAAAAGCAGAGGUCGAAACCUUUGUGAACACUUCUGUUGGAAUCUCGAACAGAACAAGUCCUGUGAGACAGAGCUACUUAAUACCAUGGAAUAAUCCACACAAUGUCAUUACUCAACAAACCUCAGAUGACAUACUGUUUGUUCUUCAAUGUAUCAUAUUUCCUAUCAUUACUCUGUUUGGGUCCACGGGCAACAUUAUGAGUCUUGUAAUAUUGAUACAGAAGAAACUAAGGAACAGCACUGGUGUCAUACUUAUCGCCAUCACCAUUGCCGACCUAUGCUUUCUGAUUACAAACAUGACCAGAAAAUCUUCCUGCAUUAUUAGUUUGAUCGAUGAAUACGCAGAGGAGAUCUACACGGCAACUAUAUUUGGACCCCUUUUCUUUGUCAUUACAUCAUUUAGUCGUGUUUCAGCAUGGCUAGUUGUUCUCGUCUCCAUCGAGAGACUUAUUGCUGUUACAUUUCCACUGAAGAUUAAAGUCUGGGUAUCUAAACAGAGAAUGAUUAUAGCUGUGAUUGUAAUAUAUAUUUUAACUUUCGUUUUCUUGAGUCCUAUUGCAUUCCAGUACAAAGUUGGAUCCAUGUUCAGUCGGAGAACGAAUACCACUUCCUACUUCAUAUCAACAAGUGAGUUCUACAGUUCUUAUGAGGAUAUCUUGACCGUUCAUAAUGAAAUACUCGGCACUGUCCUGUUUCGUUACCUACCGGUUUUCUUUACUAUGCUUUUUAAUAUGAUUAUUAUCAUUAAUCUGCAACGACGAAGUUUGAGGCGUAAAGCAAUGACGUCAUCGAAAACAGAUAACAAAUCCGAAGACAAGAUCACAAGGAUGUUAUUGAUAAUUUCAGCAGUUUGUUUGUUAUGUACAACACCUGGUUCCCUGCUUCUACUGGUUUCCAGGUUCGUUGAUGGUUUUGAGUUUUUUGGAAAGUAUCAUAACAUCUUCGUUGUGUUCAGUGAUUUAAGCCUCCUGUUGUCGAUGAUCAACUCUUCAGUUAACUUUAUUAUCUACAUGGUUUGUAACAAGCAGUUCUCAGAAGCUUACAAGACUAUUUUCUGUCGAUGCAGAUCCAUCUCUACAAUGAAGAAACACCAGCCAACAAUGACGGAUACUUCAAAGGGGACUACCAUCACCACCGUCGGGUCAACGUCAACCAAUGAAAAAAUACCACCAAUUGUCCCAGACGAAACUUUUACUUCCAAUGAGAUAUCUGAGGAUCAUAUAAAGUGUUCGCCAACUACAGAAGAUAGUUAAAUGUUAAAUAUCUAGACAAAUUGACUAGCAUUAUUAUCCACCAUCUUAAUGUGCUUGAUAUGAUAGAAAAAAGUUAACAACUCAUUGACUUUAAGAAUUGAUCAAAUAUGAUGUAAUAUGAAAAUAAAAAAGAUAAAAAAUAGUUUUGAAAAAGAGCAAAACAUAAAUGUGAAUAAUGUUGACGCUGAAGUUUAUUUAUUUGUGAUUGUUAAUUUAUUAAGUGUUAGUAAUAAACUGUUAAUAAAAGACAUUUCUUGUC